CGACGAUCCAGAUCGGCAGUAGCUCACCUCUUUGAACAACCUAACUCUUCUGUCGUUACACAUCAGCAAAAUCUGUCACCAGAUCUUCGAAGUGUGAAUGAGAUCUACGUAUUCAAUUUCAAUUCAGUUUUGUCAUUUAAGUAAGUCAAGUGCCACAGAACUGGUUGGCUGGAAUUCUCGAGGUUCGGGUGCGGGUACUUGGACAAGGCAAACCCCUAGCAGCCCUGAAGAUCCUGCUGCCAUCAAUUGCAGCUGAUCCACGAUCGUCCCGUCCUACAGUAAGGUGAAAAGAAAAGGGAGUGAGGAAAGCCUACAACAAAAACAAGGUUGAAAAGGGAACUCAAACGUUCCCAAUCGGAGGGUUGCGGGCACUUUUCGCAACGGGCGGACGCCCGUUAUAUGCAAGUUGAACGGUUGUAGUGCCUGGUUUCCCUCGUAACUUCUCUCCCCCCCCCCCAAGUGGCUUGCCCUACCCUUCACCUUGGCGUUUUGUCUGUCAUGGUUCUUUUAAAGGGCCCCCUGGAAAAUAUCUUGGGUGGCACUUUAGUCGGGAAUGUCGGCUCUACGUUUCUCUUCGGGAUACUCACCGUACAAGUUGUUCUUUACUACCAACGUUUCCCUAGGGAUGGUAAAUGGACGCGGGGAGUGGUUGGAAGUCUCUGGGCUGCCAUUGCCUUUCAGACGGUCUUUAUGACUAAAAUGAUUUGGUGGUGGUACAUCCAAAAUCAUUUUAACCCCAAGGCAUUGGAAAAGCCAAAAUGGGAAUUUUUCUCAUACCACCUCACUACAACGGCGGGAUCCCUAGUCGUCCAGACUUUCUUUGUGAAUCGUAUUUGGGGCCUGUCUGGGAAGAUUUAUAUCGCUGCUCCUCUGCAAGCCCUUGUUAUCACGCAGUUUGCUUUUGCCGCGGCACUUUUGAUUCUGGACGACGUAUUAUUGUCCUUCACUGAAAUCGCCCACAAGUUGGAUUGGUUAGCUACUGUUUGGCUAACGACACAGGCAACAUGUGAUGCUGUAAUAUCAAUAUUGAUGACGCUCCUGCUCUGGAACCGGAAGACUGGUUUCAGAAAGACAGACAGGGCCAUCAACACGAUAAUAAUCUGGUCUGUAGCCACGGGCAGCGUCACCUGUGUUCAAUCUCUUAUUACGAUCGGCAUCUUUUCACGCCGUGGUUUCACAUUUGGUACUCUCGUAUUCGCAAUCCCCCUUAGUCCCAUGUACCCCAUAUCCAUGCUCACAAAUUUACACAUGCGGUCAACAGUACGAAAGCAGUUGGCAGCACCCACACUCACUGAAGACAGAAGAACUAACCUUUUGGAGGCAUUACGAUCUGUCACUCAGAGGAAGGUUAUGGCUGCUCGUGCACGGAGAGAGCUCAUGGAAUUAUCAUCACGCCGUCCUAGGGAUUCAGCCAUGGGAGAUCUCGUGGUGAACAUUCAUCGCUCUAUGCACGAAAACAGUCCCAGCAGUAACGUCCACCGACUUGAUCGAGAUCAGUCAACUACCGAUGCUCCGACGUUGCGCAGUUCCAUUUACCCGGAUGUCGAAUGUAGCACCCCAAGUAAUACCGUCUCCCAUGCCAUCACGAUCCAUGAACGGUGCUUUCAAAGCUAGCCGCUGUCAGUCUUUCAUAUUGUUUCCUUGGUUGCCAUUCUCUCUCUGCUUUGCAUAAUUCCAUCUCACGAUCAUUCACGGUUUAAUAAUUA